AUGACAGUGAAUAACCAGUCCCAGUCCCAAGCUCAAGCAGUGGAGAUAUCCGAGGAGGAGCGUCAAAAUGGAAAAUAUUCUGAUCUCUCUCUUCAGAAGGCUCUUGAAGGAAUGCACCAAGACGGAUUGGUUGUACUCAAGGGCGUUGUCAAGUUGGAUCACAUCGCAGCACUUAAUCGGCAGAUGAGUGCGGCUGCUGAGAAGAAAAGAGACGACCCUACUCAGAAUUAUAAUCAUUCAGUGAAAUCGAACUUCCUCCAGAGACCGCCUGUCACUAAACCCGACCUUUUGUAUGACGAUAUCUACUACAAUCCAUUCGUUCUACAACUAGCCAACGCAUAUCUCGGCCAUAAACCUAUUUGGAACUGGCUAACUGCCAAUACCGCCCUUUCCAACACGGGAGGAAUGCGCCAAGGAGUCCACAAAGAUAACGCGUUCAUACAUCCUCAAUAUCCAUACUUUUUCAUCGCAAACAUCCCCCUAUGCUCAACUAGUAUUGAGAAUGGAGCGACUGAGUUCUGGCUUGGAUCUCAUGCACACACAUCCAAUCACGAUCAAAUCGUUGCCACAAAGCCGGAGCAGGUAACAGGGCAUUAUCUUAUGGGUGAGCCUCUUCCUGCUAUUACCCAAGAGGCGCAGGAUGCGCGUCGAAUGAUUCGUCCUCCUAUCCAGCAGACUUGUGCUGCGGGUGAUAUCAUGGUUCGUGAUAUUAGGCUUUGGCAUGCUGGGAUGCCUAAUGAGACUGACACUCAUCGUAUUAUGCUUGGACUUGGAUAUCAGAGCAUGACGUGCCACCUCCCAGCUUCUCAGAAGAGCUUCUUUGAGAGCACUCCUUCAAAUGUCGAAGCUCGGGCUGUGUUCUAUGAUGAAGAUGCGUUCGAAAAGACGACUCGAGAUACUGAAUUCAAUCUGAAGCCUGUGUAUUCUUAG